GUCCAAAAGCUUUAAUUCUGGAGCUUAUCCCACUGCAUAGACAUUGCAUAUGUUGAAUGUGUACACAUGAAUGUGUUUGUAGUUCUGAAGUGCUUUUCCUGAGGGAUGAAUCUGGUUCUUUUUCCAUGCUGGGUUUCACCGCCUCCAAACUUCACCACUCCAACACUCGUAAAAUCCUUGCAUCUCCUCCCGAGGUAAAUCUCUAUAUGUUACAGCUAGAAGUUAGCUCUACCUCACCCACAUGACUGGUCUUCACUAUUAAUCCCAGCUGAUGGCAGGGAGGGGCUCUUCUGGGAGGCAGCCAUGUGGUGAACAUUGAGCGCAGUGUUUUUCCCCCUGCUUCUCUCCUUUCCUUUUCAGACGUGCAAAAUCACUCCGUGCUGCUGUCGAUGUGAACUCCUUGCUGCUCCGUCUCCUCUCUUCCAGAAACUCCAGGCCCUGAAUUAGCAGCUACGGAUCUGUGAGCUGUAUCUGGACAGAAUACGGACAAGGAGAUGAAUAUCAGAAAGGAAGAAGGAGUGAAGUUGGUUAUUUCUCUGGCACAUGGAUGCAAUUACUCUCGGCGCAUUCCAGAGGCGUUCUUUUGAAUCCUGUGCAGGUCUGCCUGCCGUUCCUGGGAGAGAGAAGGCAGAAGGGAGGAAAAGUCCCUUUCUCACACGGAGACGGAAUGUCUGCACUUUCCAUCCUCUUUUUAGCUUCCUGUUCUGUCUGGCUGGCUGAGGCUCAGACAGAAUUUAAAAGAGUGGCCGAAGAAAACGUGACUUUGCCUUGUCACCAUCGCCUGGGCCUCCUGGAGCAAGGCAGCCUGGACAUUGAGUGGCUGCUGCACACGUCUGAAUCGGUGCAGAAAGCGGUGAUCACCUACUCUGGAGGCCACGUUUACGAUGACCUGAAUGAAGAACAGAAGGGCCGUGUUUCAUUCACCUCCAACUUCCGUGCUGGAGAUGCAUCCCUGCAGAUCAUCUCCCUGCAGUCUAGUGAUGCAGGGAAGUACAUAUGUAAGGUGAAGAACGCUGGGCAGUACGAAUGGGCUCACAUCACCCUGAAGGUUGUAGAGAAACCCUCCAAGCCCAAGUGCUGGCUGGAAGGAGAGCUGUCAGAAGGGAAAGACCUGUCCCUGCAGUGCCGUUCUUCCUCAGGCACUGCGCCCAUCUCCUACCGGUGGCAGCGCAUAAAUGAGGAAGAUGAGAAAGCUGAACAUCUCCCGCCUACGUCGAGAGUCAACAUUUCUAAUCCAGGUCAAGUCUUACUGAAGAACCUCACUCAGAUGAGUACAGGGUUGUACCAAUGCAUGGCCACCAACGAGGCUGGACAAGAGAGCUGUGUUGUUCGGGUGACAGUGCAGCAUGCCCAAAAUAUUGGCAUGAUUGCUGGAGCGGUUUGCGGGGUCGUGGUGGGACUCUGCCUCCUGUUCCUGGUGGUGAGGCUGACAAUAAGAAGGAAAGAAAAGAAGAGGUAUGAGGAAGAGGAGGCCCCAAAUGAAAUCAGAGAAGACGCAGAGGCACCCAAAGCCCAUCUUGUCAAGCCCAGCUCCUCAUCCUCUGGUUCCAGGAGCUCACGCUCGGGUUCCUCCUCAACCAGGUCGACAGCCAACAGUGCCUCUCGCAGCCAGCGGACUUUGUCAACUGAAGCUACUCCCCAUCUGACUCCUCCACAGUACAGCCAGAGGGAGAUGGGAGGGAAGGAAACAGAGCCAAAGAAAGUCGACUAUGCCAACCUGAUGAAAAUGGGAGCCACGCUGGUCAUGGUGCCUGCCCAGAGCCGAGCGUUCCAGACCGUGUGACUGCUCUGACUUCUGCCAUCCAGAAACACACCACGUACCACCAGCCACAUAGGAGUUGUUAGAUUAGCUAGUUACCUCCCUGGUCAGCUUAAUUUUAGUCACCUGUGACAAUUCGCACCACAAGAAGCCCUCCCACUCAACUCUUUCCCAGCACUUGAGGUUCUGAGAUGGGUUUUUUUUUUUUUUUUUUUUUGUUAAAAGAAAGAUAAAAUUGAGGGGAAAAGGGAGCCUUCUUUUUAAAGUACCUUUUUAGAAAACAGUGAGCAUUUUAAAACUCCAGCUGAAAACAGUGUCAGCUAAGCGCUGUACAAGAGAAAUGAAGCCAAACCUCAGGAUUUUUUUUAAAAGGGAUCAACAGAGACAGAAAGACAUCUAAUGUUCCAGUGAGGUUUAGGGGGAAGGGGAAAAUCUCCUGUACUGUUUCUGGAGAAGUUUCUAGAAGAAUGCAUAGUCUUACCUGA